AUGGCGCAAGCAGAACCCUUUACAGAAGCACAGCUUCACGCCAUAUCUGCUAUUGUACAACAGGCAGUGUUGCCACUCAGAGCAAAGCAGACACCGAAUGGGACUCAUGCUCACGCAGAGACAAACGGGUAUCAUUACACCGCACCAGACGAUAUCAAUGGUGCUGCGGAUCGUGUCAAAUUUGCUUACUGGGUACCGAACGUGUCAGGAGGUCUAGUAAUAUCGAAAAUACCACAAAGAACAAAAUGGGACUAUCAAUCCAAUGUGCGAUAUGCGCAAACAGCAGAGCGGGUUGGAUUCGAAUUUGCCCUAUCUCAGAUUCGAUUCAUGGCGGGAUAUGGUGCUGACAACCAACACGAAUCUGUGUCCUUCUCGCAGGCGCUUCUACAUGCAACCACGAAACUCAAUGUCAUAGCUGCCCUCCUUCCUGGGCCAUGGAACCCUGCGAUAGCUGCAAAACAGAUCGCAAGUAUCGACCACUAUUCCAAUGGUCGCAUUUCCGUCAAUGUUGUAUCUGGCUGGUUCAAGGCCGAAUUUACAUCAAUUGGCCAAUGGUGGCUUGAGCACGCAGAACGCUAUAGACGGAGUCGAGAAUUCAUCGAAUGUCUCAAAGGCAUUUGGACAACCGAAAAAUUUACCUACAAAGGCGAUUUCUACCAAUUCCACGACUACCCCCUAUCCCCCAAACCUCUUGUUCUACCCGGCCGACCCCACCCACUUGUCUUUCAAGGCGGAAACUCAAUUGAUGCCCGUGAGAAUGGAGCGCAUGCAAGCGAUUACUAUUUCAUGAACGGAAACACCCUCGAAGGAUUCCAAGAGCAAAUCGCCGAUGUACGCGCUCGCGCGAAGAAACUGGGUCGUGAAGAUGACAUCAAAUUUGCCGUAAACGGCUUCUGCAUAGUCAAGGAAACAGAAGAGGAAGCUGUCCGUCUAUUGCAAGAAAUCCAAGGCAAAGCAGAUAAAGACGCCGUUGGCGCCUUCAGAGAUGCAGUCCAACAAGCCGGCGCCAGCACUGGUAAUAAGAAAGGCAUGUGGGCCGAUUCCAAAUUCGAGGACCUAGUCCAAUACAACGACGGCUUCAAAACCAAGCUCAUCGGCACGAAAGAACAAAUCGCAGAUCGUAUCUUACUCCUAAAAAGUCUUGGUAUCGAUAUCGUGCUCCUCGCAUUCCUGCAUUAUGAAGAGGAUAUUGAGAAUUUUGGCGAACAGAUUCUGCCGCUUGUGAGGAAGUUGGAGAAGGAGGGGCGGGGGAAGAAUGCUGAGGAGGAGAUUGAAAGGACGGGAGAUGUUUAUCGGGCGAGGAAGGUGGAGGUGUAG